AUGACAGAGUAUUUAAAAACCAUUCUACAAAAAAGUCAUGAAACUCAACAAGAACAACCAAGAAUACCUAUAGUAGUAAAAGCAUUAAAUGAAAUCAUCGAACUUGUGAAUAACACUCAAAAUAAACCAAAAGUAUUAAGUUCUAGAGUUAAUGAGAUUAGUGAAUUAGAUCUCAGUUUAAAAGCUGUAAGAAGUCCUUUUACGAGUUUGAUGGCUGAUCGAAUUGGUUGUGCUACUUGUGGAAAUUCUUCUGCUAUUCGACAUCAACCUGCUGAUCAAUUCUCAUUCAACGUACCCAUGACUCCCGAAUGUCAACUCGAAGAUUGUUUAAAGGAUUUCACUCAAUUAGAACUCUUAGAUGAAUAUAAUUGUAGAAGAUGUUCAAUAAUAGAAGCUAAUCGAAGAAUGAAAUCUGAACUCGAUCAACUCUCAUCUCAGCCCACCUCAAUCUCAAAAGAUAAAAAGAAAAGAAUUAAAGAAUUAAAGAAAUUGAUUGAUGAAAUCCAAUCAGUUCUUAAAAACAACGAUGAACAUUCAAUCUUCAGCCAAAAACUUGAAGCUGAACUAUUUCCAAUCAUGAGCCGAGCCACGACCAAACAAACGAUGUUUUCAAGGCCACCUAAAGCUCUCAUGAUACAUUUAUCAAGAUCUUCAUAUUAUAGAAAAGGACAGAUUUUCAAAAACAAUUGUAAAGUGAAUUUUCCCGAAAUCUUAAUCAUGGAUAGAUUUACCACCACAUAUGAAUUAAACCGUAGAGCAGAAACCUCAAUUUCAAGACACAAUCUAAAUGAUCAAACUAAAGCUGAACAUGUUUAUCAAUUAGUUUCAGUAGUCGUUCAUUUUGGAAAUCAUACAUCUGGUCAUUAUAUUACUUUUAGAAGGGUUGAAGAGAUUAAUUGGAUUAAGGUUUCAGAUGAAGAUGUGAUUAGGUGUGAAAAAUAUGAAGUGUUUGGUGCUAAUCCUACAAUUUUAAUUUAUCAACGUUUGUGA